AUGAUUACGACUGAUCGAGGCGCGCACUUUGAGUCCACACUUUUCCAAACUCUCCUCAACCUCCUUGGCUGCACACAUAUUCGGACGACGGCCUACCACCCAGCUGCCAACGGCAUGGUUGAGCGUUUCCGCCGCCAGCUAAAAACUGCACUGCGUGCCGCAGAAGAUCCCGAAAACUGGGCAGACAAUGUACACGUUGCACUUCUUGACAUUCGUGCGGCACUGAAAUCAGACUUGGACUGCAGCGCAGCCGAAUUGGUUUUCGGCACUACCCUCCGACUCCCUGGUGAGAUGGUCACCCCAACCUCUCGUGGUGCCGAAGAGACCCCGUAAAAUUUUGUGCACCGUCUGGGACAAUUCAUGCCCUCGCUUUCCCCGGUUCCACCUCGAGCUCCAUCGACCGAGCCUUAUGUUGAAAAAGGCUUAGCCAACUGCACUCAUGCGUUCGUUCGGUGUGAUCGUGUGCGGAAGCCGUUAGAAUCAUCAUACGAAGGACCGUUCCGUGUGCUUGCACGUAACAGCAAGACCUUUCGGAUCCUGCGAGGUGACAAAGAGGACGUAGUCAGCAUCGACCGGGUCAAGGCUGCUUUUGUAGAGGAGCCCCUGGACGUGUCUCAAGGACAAGCAUGUGCUGACCCCAUACCUCCUCCCACUCCUUUUCCACUUACCCCACCUAUCCCUCCGUCCCGUAUACUUCCUCUUCCUUCUGGUUCGCAGCAUCAAACUGCAACCUCUUCCUCCACCCUUAACUUGUCCACUACAACACCUACUCAGCUGUCUCCAACAGUGCCUCCCGCAUAUAUCACCCGCAGUGGACGUCACGUUCACUUUCCCGAUCGUCUAGUUAAUCAUUUCUUCUAGACCUUUGUAUGUCCUCCGGCGUCGUUCACGCCGUCCUCCGGUCUCGGAGGGGGGUACAGUGCUGAAGUACUUGACUACUUGAACUUUGACAAUCUUGUCACGUUUGUUUUACUGUAGCAUUUGUUUUAACGUGACGAGGACUCCACCGCUUGUAAGCUUCGCGCCGCUUGCAUGCUCUCUGGUCAGGUCGUUGAACAUUUUGAAUAUUAACUUUAUUCACUUACUGGCCUUCCUUACCUCUCCCCGUUUAUGAGGUUAGUAAGCCGUAGUUCGUUAGUUCGCGGGAACGACAUAACUUACGUCAAUAAUAAUAAUAAUAAUAAUAAUAAUAAUAAUUCAUAGAUAUUUUGACAGAAUUUGAAUGAUUCAUACUGACCCAACUGUGAAAAACUCGGCGUCUCGGUGGGAUUCGAACCCACGCAGCAAGGGGAAGGCUUUAGUACAGCCAACGCUCUAAUCACUUGAGCUACGAGGCCCCGCCGGACGACGCGAGUUUAAUCAUAUUUGGAUCAAGUAACCCGCCCAACUUACUGCAACGUCUGGAAGCCACCAAAUCUGAUACAGUGAGUUGACUGUCCAAGCAGGAUUUCCUAAGUCAUUCACCUAGAAUCCACCAGAUUACUACCAGGCUCACGUAAUUCAUAGAUAUUUUCGCGGGUUUUGAAUAAUCCAUAUUGACCCAACGGUAAAAAACUCGGCACCUCGGUGGGAUUCGAACCCACGUGUCGUCCGGCGGGACCUCGUAGCUCAAGUGGUUAGAGCGUUGGCUGUACUAAAGUAUUCCCCUUACUGCGUGAGUUCGAAUCCCACCGAGGUGCCGAGUUUUUCACAGUUGGGUCAAUAUGGAUUAUUCAAAACCCGCGAAAAUAUCUAUGAAUUACGUGAGCCUGGUAGUAAUCUGGUGGAUUCUAGGUGAAUUACUUAGGAAAUCCUGCUUGGGCAGUCUACAUACUGUAUCAGAUUUGGUGGACUCCAGACGUUGCAGUAAGUUGGGCGGGUAACUUGAUCCAAAUGUGAUUAAACUCGCGUCGUCCGGCGGGGCCUCGUAGCUCAAGUGGUUAGAGCGUUGGCAGUACUGAAGUAUUCCCCUUAUUGCGUGGGUUCGAAACCCACCGAGGCGCUGAUUUUUCACAGUUGUGUCUAUAUCAAUAACACUAAAAUUAAUGAUGAUAAUAAUAAUAAUAAUGGCUAGGAGAUGGAGCAUGCAUUUUUUAUAUUGACCUUUGUCAGUUAACCGCACAAUGGAAUGGUUGUAGGCAGAAGUACGCACAUGGUAAGGAAGGGGGUGUUGAUUGCUGUGGAAACAGAAGACUGACAGAGAAUUGGUCGAGCAGCCCUUACUGUGACAGGGGACUGCAGAUGCGACUCAGAAGACAUUGGCGACAAUUGUUUCAGCAAGGCGAGGCCCAACCUUUGGAGGUGCGCCGAGGGCGGUGCGUGCGUGCGUGCGUGCGUGCUUGCCCACAUGACCUUUGUCCGCCUAGAAGCCCGAUCAGCGAAUGACACAACGCCGAUUAGCGUCAAGCUGUCUCCUCGGCGUGGCUAUGUCACAUGCGUUGCAAUCAGUAUCCAAUUGGCAGGAAGUGUUAUUUAGGCUGCCAGAGGACGUCAUGAGAGAAUAACCAGACUGACGACCAGGAGAACGGGAUGCCACAGGCACACAAGCUCGCCUCAACCGCUGACUGUCCUACCACACAACAUCCUCGCAGCCGCCACCGUCACCGUCUCAGGACAUGUUAGUUAUCAGUUAAACGGUCUUCAUCAUCAACGCAUAUAUGGGUUGGACUAAUGGCAUUAAAUAGAAGCAACUGGCUGAGCGCAAGCCAGUUGCCAGGGGCUGCCCCAAAUCCCACCUUUCGCCUCGACCGAUCGUAGCCCUUGGCGGCAGCCCAGUCAGCCGGGAUGACUCGCAAACCACAUCUUCUUUCAGGUGCAUCUGGGACGUCAGUAAAAUCGGCAUCUCAACUCCUCACCAAUUCUCGCGAGCAAAAGUGGAGCUUCACGAGGCGAUACUGUUCGUCGACGUGACACUGUUCUUUGCACCCAUCUCACCGGAUUUGGUGUACAAGGCUAUGCGGUGCGUCUUGCAUUGAAGUAUGGUAAAUCACGGGCAUGUCUUUACUGAUAUUGUCAUCAAUAUAUUCUGCCCCACAGAAGCAGGUGAGGGAGUAAACACACAUAGAUGUGGUCUGGCCUGGCAGUUUGUCCUUGUCCUCUCCGUAUAUGAUGGGACUAGUAGAGAAGAGUACAGGGACGUCGACUGCCUGGAAGGUGUGUGAUAUAGAUUGAGUUAGGCGCCUUGUUAAAAGUUCACUUGGCGCGUCCCCUUGAAACGGCACCCUGAGGAAAAGCUUAUUUUUGUCUGCCGUCAGCCUCGAGGGCUUUGGUAGUCUUUCGGUCACGUACCUAGCAAUGAAUACAUCGAGGUACCCGUUCUGGCGAAUGCGAAUUUCAACAAUCUUAAGUUCCACCUCAGUGCUAUCAGCUGAGCAGAUCCUCCUUACUCUUUGUGUCAAGCAGCGCCUUAUGUUUAAUGGUACGAACCUCCUAUAAUUCUUGUAUCGUCCGGACCACGUCUUCUUACGAUAGACGCGACGUCGAAUACUACCUGCAGGCCUUCCGCUCAAAAGCACAUACAGAAAGAGGAGCGAUCUGGACUGUUUUCCUUCAAGCGUGAAUCUGAUUGAUGGGUGUGCUUGAUUGAUUUCGUCCCGUGGGACUCAAACGUCGUUUUGUUUAGGUGCAAUCCCGAAUAUAUCAUCCACAUAGCGUUCAUAAUAUCUCAGACCAUUGAUCUGGCGACGAAAUUCGAAAGCUUCUAACUUGCCCAUGAACAUAUUCGCCAAAAGCUACCCCGUCGAUUUGUCUAUAUGGAUUGUUGUAAAAUAGAAUCCGUACUUUGAAGGUACAUCCCAGCAGCGAUUCUUUGAGAGCAUUUACCGCAUUCCUAUAUCAUGAUUAUUGGAUGCAAGGGCUUCAUAGAGGUAGUUGACGAUUUCUGUGACCGGUACGUUCGUACAAAGAGACGAGACGUCCAGCGAAAUCAUAAUCUUUCGGUUAAAGUCGAGAUUUUUCAUGCUGUAAACGAAUUCAUAGGUAUACCGAAAGCUACAGUACCUGUGCUAACUCAUGUGAUGCUAGCCGGUAUUGUAUGGGCUUUAGUUUCUCCGCUAGCCACAUCGCUAUAGCAUGGCGCGGCGACUUUCUCAUGUCUAGAAUCGGUGUACCAUGUAUGUGGAUAUUUGUCAAGCCAUAUAACUGAGGUAUAUGUGUGCCGACAUGCGGGAGACGCUCUAGGUCGUAUUCGCUAAUGAAACCAUUCGUUUGAAGUCUUUUCAAACAGUCGGUCGGCAGAGUUUCAACCUCAUUUGUUCGAUACUUUUGGUUUUCUGCCUUUCUGAAAUGUGCCUGGUCCGACAGGAUUGACUGGAUUUUCCAAUUUAGUCGGCUCUAUCCAUCAAAACAACACCAGUUUCCUUAUCUUUGCCCUGUCGGGGUUGCUUUAACUCCUCAAUAUGUAACUUCGUCAGCAUGCCUCGAUAUUUCGGGACAGGAAUCGCUCACGCCUGUGUGAUGCAUGUUCUUUCACACAACCCGAUGCUUUGUCAGAUCGCGUCAGCGAUCGCACAGACGGACUGUUUGCAGCUUUGUCCACCAUUGCACCCGAUCCCACCUCCGCACAUCUGGACAUUGUCUUUCCAUCGGAGCCCUGUGGGUGUGGGAGGGAGGGAGUGGAGUAGAUGUUGCUCAGGUCAGCCUCACAAUAAACGGAUUCACGCGAACCUCGCCUGUGCUGCCUUCAGUCUGUGCGGCACACGGUGGAGUUCGCCAACGGCUGCAAUUUCCUUAACCAGUCCGCAGGUCGCCCGAGACUCUGAAACAACUGCUGGGCCUAUAUGAGCCAAAAAGUGUCUCCGACGAUGAUCCACAAACAGACCUAUUGUCAAUGACUGAUGGGACUGGCGGUGGAUUGCAGUCCGUUGUGAAUAUUGACGUGGCUGCAGUUGUUUGACUUUGGCAUAAACUGCACUCUUCCGUACAGGUUUCGUGUACACAGUCAGUUGCGAGCAUGAGCUAACAUUUAGUCAUCUCGCAGUCUCGUAGGGGCACAUUCAAAUAACCUAACCAGCCGAUGAGGCUGACGGAGUAGCGACAGGCAGGGGGAGUGGACGUAGACUGAUGGCUAAGAUGAUGGGACGUCUCUGUUUUACGUGCGACACACAUACGAAUGUGUGUGACGAAUGCUUGAUAGUGUGCGCUGGUGGACGGAGAGGACAAAAGGGAGAAGAUUAAAGUACGCAAACACGCCGGAAAAUCCUGCUGGGAUUAAGAACGGGCUUGCCGCAUAUUAGGGGCUUAUUUGAAGGUUCCUUUUUAUCAAAAUUCCAAAGGAGUCCAGGUCAACAUGAAGAACCAGCGUAUAUGACCGGCAACAGACACGCUGAGAUAUCACAUUUGGCCUUGAUUUUGGGCAACAAGCCAUCAUGAUGCGGCGUAGUCAUGCUGAAAAAUACUUGGCAUUCGGGAUAUGUGCUUUGUCUAGUUUCCUCCAGACCAAUGUGAGACAUGGCAAGACGAUGAUUGUUAUAAUAGGAGCAUAUUGAGAAUCGAGCGAUGUGCGUAGAGGUGAUGCACAUCUUAUUUCGGAGUUGUCUAGGUCAGUGCAGAGCAAAGACAGGUUGUAGCAGUCCCUGUACAUACACGCUCGCUGCUUCCUCCCACCUCACUAUGAGAAGAUAUAUUUAAAAGCCGAGGUCCAAUCAUGUGUUUAAAUAUUUUAUUUCAGGAAGGCGGAGGAGACGCAACCGUGGAAAUACGAAUUGACCUUUCAGGUUCACAUCAGAGACAGCAUCAGAUCAUGGCGAAUGAUGCAAUCCUUGUGCAUGCUUUCACUCCCUGCCCGCAGGCCGGUGAGCCAGAUGGCCGAGCAAUCAUCCCGCCAGCAUGCAACACGAGUGAUGAGAUUUCAGCAAUUGACAACUUGCAUGCAGUCCAUGAAGCAAUUAGCGCACCAGCGGGCAACAAUCCUGGAUGAGGGGGGGGAGGGAGGGCGAUUAAUUAUCAUUGGCAUGCAGUGGCAUAGCGACUGCAUCCUAUAAAUACUGCAACCUCCCGUGCGCGAAUCACCCGUUUCUGCUACUGCCUCUGAUGAUGGCUUCGAGAGAGAAUCCGAACCGUCGGACGAAUAAGGCUCUAAUUCCAGCGAUCGUUUCUACUUCUUACCAAAUGACACAACGCCGAUUGGCGUCAAGUCGUCUCCACGACGUGGCCAUGUCACGUGCGUUGCAAAUGGCAGGAAGUGUCAGGCUGACAGAAGGCGUCGUCAGAGAAUAAAAGACUGUCGACCAGGAGAACGGACUGCCACAGGCAUACAAGCUCGCCUCAAGCGCAAAAUGUCCUACCACACAACAUCCCAGCCACCGCCACCAUCGCAGGGCAGGUUAGUUGUCAUUUUUUCUACUCUUCAUUCACAUGGGAAUUUUCUUAUAUGUACAUCUGUUGGCCUAUUUCGCGAAUUAUAUACAUGCAUUUUCCCCUCUUUGUUUAUCUGAAGUACAAUAAUGAGGUCAUCGUUGCUUUUUAAUUUCCUUAGAAAUUAACUGCAAACCUGGAGUACAUCUGCAUCCUUAAGGUCUUUAGGCUCAGACCAAAGUCUGCAUGUAUGAAUAUUUCGGCCGAAGUCCAUCAGCCAUGUCGGUAUACUACGCUGGCAGACUUCUGAUCUUCUGGUCACCACAGUGAUUGACCGAUAUCAUGAAAUAUUGGCGGAAAUGCUUCGAUUGGGAAGAAAUACUUGGGUGGGAUUGUAACAUUGAUUAUCAUUCAGCAUAAUGCUAUAGAAUUUCGUACUCGCCGGAAUGUCGCCAUUUGAAUGCACUUGCUUACAAUCUUCUGAAGAAACCACGCUGGUUGAAAAAUGACUACAUAGUUAGUAUGAAUUUUUCACAUCAAUUUUCGCUGACAAAAUAAAUUUAAAUACAUUAUAUAGAAAAGGCACAAAAAUAUGCUUUCUUUUAGUUGUUUGGUAGAAGGUCACAUCCUCUUUACAUUUUAUACCCCAAGCAAUUUUAUCCUUCGCUUUUAACAAAGUUUUUCAUUACGAGAUUUCUAAGACCGGGCGAUGUCCAUUCAUUCAGCAUGGCACACAUCAGUUUCACAGUGCUCCUCAUGAAAUGUACAACAUAGUCCACAUCCAUUACAGAAUUUCAUGAAAUCCAUAUAGUAUCUUCUUAAGGGUAUAGAGGAGUAUGUGAUUUUCCUUACAUGGAAAGCGUACACCUUGCAGACUGCAAACGACUAGCGCUAAUGCAGUGGCAGAUCAGGCUCGAAAUGAUUCGGGAAUUGGGAAACAAUUUCAAAACUGAAAUACACACUUUCGGGUAAAAAAUGUGAGCACAAUGUGGUUACCGACCAAACGUGUAAAUGAUGCAUAUUUUGUGCAUUUCUUCUACAAAAUAUAUUUGAAUUUAUCGGCUCAGACGAAAAUUAAUGUGAAAAAUGCAUGCAGAAUAAGUGAUCAUUUUUACAGAUUGUGGUUUCUGCAUGAGGUCGAAAAAGAGUGCAUUAAAAAGGCAACAUUCUGGCGAGUCCGAAAUACUAUUGCGUUAUGCCGUGCGAUAAUCAAUGUUACAACCCAACCUAAGUAAUCCUUCCUAACCGAAAACUCCAUUCAGAAUUUCGACCAACAUUUCAUGAGACCGGUCACGAGAUGUAUCUGCUUUGCAUGCCCCAUUUUUAUCCACUGUGAAUAGAGGCCUACUUGCUGAAAAUUUUAGAAUGACACUUGCGAAAUGAGAUCUAUCGUGCUCCCUCUCUCCCUCUCCCUCUCUCAAACACAGGCGAAAGAACGAAUGAUGUUAUAUAAAUGCGACUGACAGGCAGAGAAGGCCUCGAUGAUGCCGGCUAGAUCAGGCAUGAUCGCAGCCGUACCAUGGUGAAGAAGAAGAAGAAGACAUGAGGGACAGCCCUACACACAUCCUGUCAAGCUGGGUCACACGAAAACCAUAGAUCUCAGACCUCAAUUAAAUCACCAUGAAAAUAUCAGACUGAGCCCCGAAGACGAGACUGAACCUUUACGUGAUCGUUUUAUAUUUGGACACAAGAUUGCAUUUUGCAUCAAUCGCGACCGGCCUGGUACGCGAACCUACGAGAAGAGGCCUGCAUUGGAACAGGACGAAAUACGGUGCCCUCUUAGUAUUGGACAUGUCUUCAUAGAUAUUGCAUCCACAGUUAAAUAGUGUUACAGGUCGAUGCGCCCUGUCUUUCGGGACAAAUUGCACAUUUAUCUGCAUUUAUGCUGUACCAGAGAAUACAGAGGCACUUGUACGGGCAUUUUGCAAUUUUAAAAAUCCACCUACAGCUUCUCCUAUCGGAAUCAUUGUAGAGCGUGCAUGUUCAAUCUCCAUGGACUUGGUGGAUGCUGAGGACUUCUCGUCUCCUUCCUCCUUCCGAAUCGGCCUCAGCAGGGCUCGCCGCAAAAAUCAAAUGUAUGGUACCUACGAGGAGGCCCUUUCCGUCAGCAUCCGCUAUCUGCGCCAAACGCCAAGGAAUCAAGAAUAUCCUGCUCAUUCCCUCCCUCCCUCCCAUCCUCGUCUCCGCCAUCACUGAUUAUGACGUCUUAAGAGAAAUGCUUGUUCUCCAUGGCGGCUUCGUGUAGCGUAUAUUUACAAACUGAUGUAGAUGUAGAUCAGGAUACACCUUUAAAGUCGCAUGCGGAAAUACGAUAUACAACUGACGCAGAUGCCGUCGACCACAAUACGUAGCCAAUUUGUACACUCUGAAGAUUGGGUGGGGAUGCUAGCAUACAGAGACCGCUCAUUGGCACACACGUCAGAAAAGUAUUGCUUUUAAGGCACGCCUGGAUAUUGAACUGUCUUGAACACACCUAUGUCCCACAAGGUCCUGGGAUUCAAUAGCCUUCGAUGUUUUCAUUGAUCCUUGAUGGCGGACAGGAGUGAGAGUUUGAGACGUCGCAGUAGUAUCAUGCUAGAUCUGGGUCUUUUCUUCUGCAAAUAUCUUACCUGGCUUGCAGGUAGUUACACAUCUCACGCCUGUAGAUAAGGAUAAAACGGACAGACAAUCUGUCGGCCGUAUUCUCCAGAAUGACGGCCCGCAGUGAAACCUGUCCCGAUAAUGACAGGCAGUGAUGCACUACCUGGACUUCCUGCGAAAAUUGCAGCAAAGGUCCCUUUUUCUGAAUGAUGUACAGCAGAUCAGCGCCGUGCAUCAGUAUGAAUGUAAUCUUAGAGCACUUUAUGCAAAAGGAGGAUUUCGCCCGGUCGUCGCUCACGAUCAUUCAUUUCUAGAUGCUUGCUUGCGGAGAUAAUGCUGCAUGAGGGUACUGUGUGACGGAUACACGACAAAGCCUUCGUGCUGUGUGCACACUGGUGUAAACUAUGCAUGGCAAAGGUGUCUGACGUCUGUUGACAACGUAUUUCUCUCCGCCCCCAUCUUCCAUCCCUUCCUGUCUGCAGGUUUACUGUGAUGGACUCUCAUUCGUCGGACUGCGUUCUCAGCAUUCCAACCUCACUCAUGCCCGCUCGCCAGCCCGCGACUGCAGUGAUCCCGAGGCCCUGCUGUAG